AUGAAAACUAGUUGGUUACAUUUCUUCCUUCCCUUGAUCACUACUCUCUGGGUCAGUAGUAUCAUCAUCCCAGCAGCUCACAGCCAGUGUAUUGAAGACCAGCAACUGUCAUUGCUCCACUUCAAGAAAAGCCUCGUGUUCAAUCAUUCCAUCUCCACCAAGCUUGUUUCUUGGAAUGCAAGUAAUGAUUGCUGUUCUUGGGUUGGCGUCACUUGCAGCCGUAAUGGGCGUGUUCUGGGUCUCGACAUCAGCAGCGAACACAUCUCAGCUGGAAUUAGCAAUUCCAGCAGUCUUUUCCAUCUUCAUUAUCUUCAAAGGCUCAAUCUGGCUGACAACCGACUUGGCAGCGACUCUCAGUCGAUUCCAUCCGCCAUCGGGAAGCUCUUGAACUUGAGGUACCUGAAUUUAGCUGAUAGUGGUUAUCAAGGGCAAAUUCCCAUCGAGAUAUCUCACUUGAGGAGGUUGGUAGUUCUUGAUUUAUCUAGCAAUCAAGCUUACUCUUUAAAACCUGGAAUUCCAAAUUUACACAUGUUGAUUCACAACCUCACACAGCUUAGAGAGUUGUAUCUUGAUGGUGUCCAUAUAUCAGAACAGGGGAGUGACUGGUGCCGAGCCGUAUCAUCUUCCCUUCUCAACCUCAGUGUCUUGAGCAUGUCCUCUUGUGAUCUUUCAGGCCCUUUUCACGAGUCCCUUGCUAACCUUCGGUCUUUGUCCGUGAUUAUUUUGGAUGAAAACAAUAUCUCUGCUCUAGUUCCAGGAUUCUUUGCCAACUUCUCAAACUUGACUAUCUUGAGUCUCUUAUAUUGCGGGUAG